AUGCUGGUGUGUGGUUGGUGUGUGUUGGGGUUGUGUGUUUUUGUGGGUUGUGUGUGGUGUUGUGUGUUGGGUUUUUGUGUGUGUGUUUCAUUUAAAUCACUGGAGUUAAAAAUCCCCUCCCUUCAAUCUACCCAGACUUUCCCCCACUUGCAACACACACACACACCACACACACACCCAAACACACACACAACCCCCCCCACACACCACACACACACACACACACACACACCACCCAACCACACACCACACACCAAACACACACACUCUCAGCUACUUUAAGGGCCAGCUGUUUUUGUUUUCUUUCUCCAAUUUAUUUUGGCCCUCCACCGACUGGGCGUACCAGGGGGCGCAAAACUUCCCCUGUAGACCCCUUGUUUUAGAUUUAAAAAACAACAAGAUUUUUUGGGCAACCCCCCCCUUUUAGCUCAGUUGCUCAAUUUUUUGACCAUGCGUUUACAACCAGGUUUCUCCCAACUUUAGUCUCCUCAAAUUUUUUCCCUCAUUCAAAUUUUUAAUUCAUUUUCCCCCAAAGAUUUAAAAAAUUUGAAAAUUUUUUAAGGGGUUUUUUUUUUUUUCAGUGAAAAUUUUGAUUUUUUUUUUUUUUUUUUUUUUUCCCAACCCCCCCCCCCCCCCCCCCCCCCCCCCCCCCCCCCCCCCCCCCCCCCCCCCCCCCCCCCCCCCCCCCCCCCCCCCCCCCCCCCCCCCCCCCCCCCCCCCCCCCCCCCCCCCCCCCCCCCCCCCCCCCCCCCCCCCCCCCCCCCCCCCCCCCCUUUUAUUUUUUUUUUUUUUUUUUUUUUUUUUUAAAAAUUUUUUUUUUUUUUUUUUUUUUUUUUGGCCCCUACCUUUCCUUCCCCCCCCCCCCCCCUCCCCCCCCCCCCCCCCCCCCCCCCCCCCCCCCCCCCCAAAAAAAAUUUUUUUUUUUUUUUUUUUUCCCCCCCCCCCCCCCCCCCCCCCCCCCCCGCGCCCCCCCCCCCCCCCUGCUUUCUCCAGUUCUCCUUUAGCUCCUCACUCCUUUCUCAACAUCUCUGCCCCUCAAAACCACUCUCUGAAACUGGCUGCCGCUCUUUGUUAAGUGUUGCAGUCAUUUCACUUGCUGUGGUAGCUGACAUGUAUAGUGUUGAGUUGAGUCAGUAGCUCUCUCUUCCCCUCUCUCCUUUCCUCUCCCCUCUGUCCUCCUCUCCCCUCUGUCCUCCACUCCCCUCUGUCCUACUCUCUCCUCUCCUCUCCCCUCUCCCCUCUCUCCUCCUCUCUCUCCUCUCCUCUCUCCUCCCCUCUCUCCUCCCCUCUCCCCUCUCUCCUCCCCUCUCCCCUCUCUCCUCCCCUCUCCCCUCUCUCCUCCCUCUCUCUCCUCUUUCCCUUUCCUCCCCUCUCCCCUCUCUCCUCCCCUCCCCUCUCCCCUCCCCUCCCCUCUCUCCUUUCCUCUCCCCUCUGUCCUCCUCUCCCCUCUAUCCUACUCUCUCCUCUCCUCUCCCAUCUCUCCUCCCCUCCCCUCUCUCCUCCCCUCUCCCCUCUCUCCUCCUCUCUCCUCCCCUCUCCCCUCUCUCCUCUCUCCUCCCCUCUCCCCUCUCUCCUACUCUCUCUCCUCUUUCCUCCCCUCUCCCCUCUCUCCUCCCCUCUCCCCUCUCUCCUCCCCCUCUCCUCCCCUCUCCUCUCUCUCCUCCCCUCUCCCCUCCGUCCUCCUCUCUCUCCUCUCUCCUCCCCUCUCCCCUCCCCCUCUCUCCUCCUCCUCUCUCCUCUCCACUCCGCCUCUCUCCUCUCCCCUCCCCUCUCCCCUCCUCCUCCCCCUCUCUCCUCCUCUCUCUCCUCCUCUCUCCCUAUCUCCUCCCCUCUCCCCAGCUCCUCUCUCCUCCCCUCUCCCCUCUCUCCUCCUCUCUCUCCUCUCUCCUCCCCUCUCCCGCUCUCCUCUCUCCCCUCUCCCUCUCUCUCUCCCCUCCUCUCCCCCUCUCUCCUCCUCUCCACUCUCUCCUCCCCUCUCCCCCCUCCCCUCCCCUCCCCUCUCUCCUCCCCUCAUCUCUCCUCCCCUCUCUCCUCUCCCCUGCUCCUCUCUCCUCUCUCCUCCCCAUCUCUCCUCUCCUCUCUCCUCCCCUCUCUCUCCUCCCCUCCCCCUUUCCCCUCUCCUCUCCUCUCCCCUCUCUCUUCCCUCUUCCCCUCUCUCCAUCCUCCUCCCCUCUCCUCCUCCUCCGCCUCUCCUCCCGCUCCCGCCCCCUCCUCUCUCCUCCCCUCUCUCCUCCCCUUCCCUCUCUCCUCUCUCCUCCCAUCUCUCUCCUCCCCUCUCUCCUCCCCUCUCUCCUCCCCUCUCCCGAAGUCCUUAUAUCUGUUUUUCUCUGCUCCCCUCCUCCACAGUGGAUAGCCCUGGCCUCUCUGUUCUUCAUCCUGGUGUCCAUCUCCACCUUCUGCCUGGAGACCCACGAGUUCUUCAACCCCAUCGUGAACCGCACCGAGCUGGAGCUGGUGGAUAACGUGACGGUGGAGCAUGUCUACCAGGAGACGGAGACGGUGGUCUACCUCACCUACAUCGAGGGCGUCUGCGUGGGCUGGUUUACCUUUGAGUUCAUGAUGCGAGUCAUAUUCUGUCCGGACAAGAUGGAGUUCAUGAAGAAAGCUCUCAACGUUAUCGACUUCGUGGCUAUCUUACCGUUUUACCUGGAGGUCGGGCUGAGCGGGCUGUCGUCUAAAGCGGCUAAGGAUGUUUUGGGUUUUCUCAGAGUGGUGAGGUUUGUCAGGAUCCUGCGUAUCUUCAAGCUGACCCGUCACUUCGUGGGCCUGAGGGUUCUGGGUCACACGUUACGAGCUAGCACCAAUGAGUUCCUCCUCCUCAUCAUCUUCCUCGCCCUGGGAGUUCUCAUCUUCGCCACGAUGAUCUACUACGCCGAACGGAUGGGAGCAGACCCGACCGACCCGCGCGCCAGCGAGCACACGCACUUCAAGAACAUCCCCAUCGGAUUCUGGUGGGCCGUUGUUACCAUGACGACCCUUGGCUACGGCGACAUGUACCCCCAGACGUGGUCGGGCAUGCUUGUCGGCGCACUGUGCGCCCUGUCGGGUGUACUGACCAUCGCCAUGCCCGUCCCCGUGAUCGUCAACAACUUUGGAAUGUAUUACUCUCUGGCUAUGGCGAAGCAGAAGCUACCAAAGAAGAAGAACAAGCAUAUCCCCCGAGCACCCCAACCAGGAUCACCCAACUACUGUAAGUCCAGCAUCAACUCUCCUCCAACGCCCCAUAAAGCACUGCUCCUUCCUGAAAGCCCGAACUUAGUCCACCCCGUUUUGGCUCUGGCUCAAAACAUGUCUCUGACACACGACGACGUCUUCGAAGUAAAGUUUCCAGGUAAGGACUCUCUCCUCUCCUCUCCUCUCCUCUCCUCUCCUCUCCUCUCCUCUCCUCUCCUCUCCUCUCCUCUCCUCUCCUCUCCUCUCCUCUCCUCUCCUCUCCUCUCCUCUCCUCUCCUCUCCUCUCCUCUCCUCUCCUCUCCUCUCUACUGCUGUCUCCUCUCCACUGCUCUCUCCUCUCCUCUCCUCUCCUCUCCUCUCCACUGCUCUCUCCUCUCCACUGCUCUCUCCUCUCCUCUCCUCUCCUCUCCUCUCCUCUCCUCUCCUCUCCUCUCCUCUCCUCUCCUCUCCUCUCCUCUCCUCUCCUCUCCUCUCCUCUCCUCUCCUCUCCUCUCCUCUCCUCUCCUCUCCUCUCCUCUCAUUUAUGUGGUCAACUCUCCUGCAACAUCCUGCUGUUCAGCUGUCUCACUGUUUGUCUCUGUUUGUCUCACUGUUUGUUUCACUGUUUGUCUCACUGCUGUCUCACUGUUUGUCUCGCUGCUGUCUCACUGCUGUCUCACUGCUGUCUCACUGCUGUCUCAACUGCUGUCUCACUCUGUCUCCACUGUUUGUCUCACUGUUUGUCUCACUGCUGUCCUCACUGCUGUCUCACUACGGUCUCACUGCUGUCUCACUGCUGUCCAUCUCAUCACUGUUUGUCCUCACUGUUUUGUCUCACUGUUUGUCUCACUGCUGUCUCAACUGCUGUCUCACUGCUGUCUCACUGCUGUCUCACACUGCUGUCUCACUGUUUGUCCUCACUGCUGUCUCACUGCUGUCUCACUGCUGUCUCGUCUCAACUGCUGUCUCACUGGUUUGUCUCACUGGCCUGUCUCACUGCUGUCUCACUGCUGUCUCACUGCUGUCUCACUGCUGUCUCACUGCUGUCUCACUGUUGUCUCACUGCUGUCUCACUGCUGUCUCACUACUGUCUCACUGCUGUCUCACUGCUGUCUCACUGUUUGUCUCACUGCUGUCUCACUGCUGUCUCACUGCUGUCUCACUGCUGUCUCACUGUUUGUCUCACUGCUGUCUCACUGCUGUCUCACUGCUGUCUCACUGCUGUCUCACUGCUGUCUCACUGCUGUCUCACUGCUGUCCUCACUGCUGUCUCACUGCUGUCUCACUGUUUGUCUCACUGCUGUCUCACUGCUGUCUCACUGCUGUCUCACUGUUUGUCUCACUGCUGUCUCACUGCUGUCUCACUGCUGUCUCACUGUUUGUCUGUAGACGCCCUCCCUCUACUCCCAGUGGCUCAAUCAGGUGACUCAGCCACUUUCCGAUUAAACAAAUGAAUCUCUCAUUUAAGGAUCAAUAAGCUGUAUGCCUAGCAGCUUGAGAUGUAGCCCUCGGGACGUAGCCCAUGACUCACUGCCGCCUUCCUAGCACUCUCACAGCCGGUCUGGCGUCUGCAUCCGUGUCACCCACACCUCUAUAGUAAUAAUGAUGUAAUGAGGAUGCACAGGAUGUGUAAGGGGGCUUACAUCAAAGGUCAUGUAAAGAUAUGCAAGGGGAUUCUAUAAACGAACUACAGGUAUGAAGUUAAGUGAUUGUUGUCGUUGGGAGUAAUUUGGCAUCGAUAACAGAAAUGUUGUUACUUGUGGUAACUAUUACAAUUUUACUACAAAAGAGUAAGAGCGACUUAGAGUUCAGUGUUAUCGUAGGCAUUUAAAGUUAUAUAGCGUCAAGUUAAGUACUGGACAUUUAGCAAUCGCAUGGCACACAUUAACUUGCGCUGAUCAUUUGAAUGCAGGCAACUUAACAGGUGCUUACUGAGGUGCUAAGCUGCUACUCGUCAAGUCGAGUGGGUUUGAUGUUUUUAAGGCUAACAUACUUUUCUCACGUCGACGUCAUCCCACGUACCAUACUAAAAUGCACCCGCCACUACACCCACCAACCAUCCGAGGCCAGACACCAUCUCCACCACUACUACUACACACACUGUAACGUAUCCCACUGUAGCAUGCUUCAAAUCCUACCGUUGACUGUCCAAAGCAGUGCUAUUGUAAUUGAUUUAGACAGUCGGUAAUAUUUGAUUCGAAGCGUGCAAGGAUAUGUGCAGUACAGAAUGUAGCACUUGACAUAAAGCUUUUGUACACCAUCUUCUAAGAUUUUCAAAGUGGGAUAAUGAAAGGAGCUACACCAAGAGUUUCUCCCCCAUGUCUAAGCUCCAUUCAAAACAAAUCCCCCCCCCCCCCCCCCGCAUCCCAUUUCCCUUUAACAUGACGGAGACUCACGCUUCCCUUUAACAUGACGGAGACUCACGCUUCCCUUUAACAUGACGGAGACUCACGCUUCCCUUUAACAUGACGGAGACUCACGCUUCCCUUUAACAUGACGGAGACUCACGCUUCCCUUUAACAUGACGGAGACUCGCGCUUGAGCCUUUUAUUUCGGUUUUCCUCCACCAGCUUCAAACAGCUGGCAAAACAAUAUUUUUUGUUAUUCAAAAGAUAUUUCCCAGCGAUUUAGAUGGUACAAUGAUUCUACACUAUUCAGUUGUUGUUUUCUCACAUAAACUUAAUUUGAGCUAACAUUGUAGAAUUUUUUUUAAGCAGGAAAUUACGAUUUCUACAUUGGUCACUUGACCCGAUUUCCACUAGAUAACACAGCCACAAAGUCAAAACAGCUUUCCCAUUUUGACAACAGGUGCCUCUCCGGUGGGAGAAAUCAAUAGGCGAAAAUCACAGCCAAUCACAACACUGGCGGGUAAGUAACACUCUGAAACACUAUCAUUCCACUAUUAAUGUAGAUAUAUUAUGGACAUUUUCUGAAAUUGCAAUAAUAAAAAAUAAAAAUCCUAUGUGUAGCACCUUUAAGCUGGUAAUGUUGUUGUUUGUUACUAAACCACAUAUGAUUAACUUUAGCCAGACCUCAGCACUGAUUAAAGAGAGGUUAGCCUCUGAGGGAAUGAAUGAUGUUGUAUUGAAUUGAAUUGGAUGUCCAUAUAUCUAAUUGUUGCAGUACUCUGCUCUGGUCUCUCGUUGGGCAAUUGGACAAGCAGCAUUUCAAAUUCUUUAUUUGAUCAGAGUGUUUGACCCUGUUGUCUGUAUCUCCUAGAUAUAUGUUCUAAUGCUCUUGUAAGUCUUCUAAUUCUAUUUCUAUGGAAUCUCCUGUUCUGAUUCUAUUUCUAUGGAAUCUCCUGUUCUAAUUCUAUUUCUAUGGAAUCCCCUGUUCUAAUUCAAUUUCUAUGGAAUCUCCUGUUCUGAUUCUAUUUCCAUGGAAUCUCCUGUUCUGAUUCUAUUUCUAUGGAAUCUCCUGUUCUAAUUCUACUUCUACGGAAUCUCCUGUUCUGAUUCUACUUCUAUGGAAUCUCCUGUUCUAAUUCUAUUUCUAUGGAAUCUCCUGUUCUGAUUCUAUUUCUAUGGAAUCUCCUGUUCUAAUUCUACUUCUACGGAAUCUCCUGUGCUAAUUCUACUUCUACGGAAUCUCCUGUUCUGAUUCUAUUUCCAUGGAAUCUCCUGUUCUAAUCUAUUUGCAAGGAAUCUCCUGUUUCUGAAUUCUAUUCAUGAAUCUCUGUUCUGUCUAUCUAUUUCUAGGAAUCUCCUGUUCUGAUUCUUUUCUAUGGAAUCUCCUGUUCUGAUUCUACUUCUACGGAAUCUCCUGUUCUGAUUCUAUUUCUAUGGAAUCUCCUGUUCUAAUUCUAUUUCUAUGGAAUCUCCUGUUCUGAUUCUAUUUCUAUGGAAUCUCCUGUUCUAAUUCUAUUUCUAUGGAAUCUCCUGUUCUAAUUCUAUUUCUAUGGAAUCUCCUGUUCUGAUUCUAUUUCUAUGGAAUCUCCUGUUCUAAUUCUAUUCAUGGAAUCUCCUGUUCUAAUUCUACUUUCUAUGGAAUCUCCUGUUCUGAUUCUAUUCUAUGGAAUCUCCUGUUCUAAUUCUAUUUCAUGGAAUCUCCUGUUCUAUUCUAUUUCUAUGGAAUCUCCUGUUCUAUUCUAUUCUAGGAAUCUCCUGUCUAAUUCUAUUUCUAUGGAAUCUCCUGUUCUGAAUCUAUUUCCAUGGAAUCUCCUGUUCUAAUUAUAUUUCUAGGAAUCUCCUGUUCUGAUUCUAUUUCUAUGGAAUCUCCUGUUCUAAUUCUAUUUCUAUGGGAAUCUCCUGUUCUAAUUAUAUUUCUAUGGAAUCUCCUGUUCUAAUUAUAUUUCCAUGGAAUCUCCUGUUCUAAUUCUUUUUCUAUGGAAUCUCCUGUUCUGAUUCUAUUUCUAUGGAAUCUCCUGUUCUGAUUCUAUUUCUAUGGAAUCUCCUGUUCUAAUUAUAUUUCCAUGGAAUCUCCUGUUCUAAUUCUUUUUCUAUGGAAUCUCCUGUUCUGAUUCUAUUUCUAUGGAAUCUCCUGUUCUAAUUAUAUUUCUAUGGAAUCUCCUGUUCUAAUUCUAUUUCUAUGGAAUCUCCUGUUCUAAUUAUAUUUCUAUGGAAUCUCCUGUUCUAAUUAUAUUUCCAUGGAAUCUCCUGUUCUAAUUCUUUUUCUAUGGAAUCUCCUGUUCUGAUUCUAUUUCUAUGGAAUCUCCUGUUCUAAUUAUAUUUCCAUGGAAUCUCCUGUUCUAAUUAUUUUUCUAUGGAAUAUCCUGUUCUGAUUCUAUUUCUAUGGAAUCUCCUGUUCUAAUUCUAUUUCUAUGGAAUCUCCUUUCUAAUUCUAAUUCUAUGGAAUCUCCUGUUCUAAUUCUAAUUCUAUGGAAUCUCCUGUGUGUCUGUCUGAAGAUUCCAAGCUGAAUGGGGAGGCGGCCAACGCAGCUCUAGCCAACGAGGACUGUCCUCAUAUAGACCAGGCCAUCUCGCCAGAGGAGAUCUUCAGCCCCAGUGAGAGAGAACGGCCUUGUUGUCUCGUCACCACAGCUGCAGAACGGCCCAACCACACAGGGGGUAGAGACAGGAGGGGUACGUACACCUACAGUAACAGCCAAACACAGCCCAACCACACAGGGGGAGGAAGGAGGAGAGUUACGUACUGUAACAGCCAAACACAGGCCGCUGUCAAACGUGUUGCUUUCCCUACGACUUAA